UAAAUGGAAAUGAAUAUGCAUAGAAACCGGCUUCAUUAGCUUUCAUCAUCUCAUUUAUUUCUCUCUUCUAAAAAACCAAAACCAAAAUCUCAAUUCUUCACAAAUUCUCAAUUGAAUCACAAAAUCAAAAUCAACCCUUCACUCAUUUCACCACAAAGUUCAGAUCUUUGAAUUCAUUUUCUCAAAAAAAUGAGAGACAAAUUUUCAUGUUUUAGUGAAAAUUCAAUAAAUGUCUCAAAUGCUUCAUGUUCUAGCUAUUCAAACAACACAUGCAUUUCACCAAAUGUUGUUUCACCUUCAAUCCAAAACUCAAUCUCAAGUGUUUACAAAUUAGUCCUUUCAACAUUGAAACACCUUUUGAUCACUGUUACAUGGUGUAAAAAUCACUCAAAUCAAGGACUUAGCAUAAGUUUUGGUGAUGAAGAUCCUUCAACUGUUCCAUCUUUCAGACUCAACACGAAUUCGAGGUUCUUUCGCAAGAAAAAAGGUAGCAAAAUGCUUGAUUUUGAAGAUUUUAAGGUAACUGUUUUAUGGGAUCUUUCAAAUGCUAAAUAUGAAACAGGACCAGAACCUGUUGAUGCUUUUUAUGUAGUUAUUGUUGUUGAUUCAGAAAUUGGUUUAAUCCUCGGAGAUUCCGAAACUGUUACUAAAAAAAUGAAAGAUAGUGUUCCUAUGGCGAAAAUUUCGCUAUUAUCUCGAAGAGAACAUUGUUCGGGUAACACAGUUUAUUAUAACACAAAAGCUCAAUUUUGUGAUAGUGGUAAUUUUCAUGAUGUUUUGAUAAAAUGCAGCGUCGAAAACGAAGGGUUUAAUAAUAAAUCUUCACCGGUUUUAAGCGUAAACAUUGAUAAGAAGAAUGUGAUUCGUGUGAAGAGAUUGCAAUGGAAUUUUAGAGGGAAUCAAACCAUUUUUGUUGAUGGUUUAUUGGUUGAUUUGCUUUGGGAUGUUCAUGAUUGGUUCUUUAAUCCUCAAGCUUCUGGUUAUGCUGUUUUCAUGUUUAGAACAAGAAGUGGUUUGGAUAGUAGAUUGUGGUUAGAAGAGAAGCAUUCUCAGAAAGAUAAAGACAGAGUUGAAUUCUCUUUGUUGAUCUAUGCAUGUAAGAGCUCAUAAGGAUUAAUCUUUGUUCAUCUUUGCAUUUUUUUAUUAUUCUUCUUAAUUUUCUUUUCUUUGCGUUACUUGGUCUUAACCCUCCGAUUUUCAAACUACUAUUUUGGAAAUCUGAAUUCUGACCGAAAAGUAAGUAAAGUCUGACCAAAGAUGAUUUCUUAGGAUUUGAACUCAGCACAUCUGAAUGAUUCAUAAUUUGUUCUUUUUCUUUUAUCUUGAAAGGAUACAUACUCAUCAUUUUUUAUUUUUUUUUAUUAUUAUUUUAAGAGAAAGAUUUUUAGAAAUUUGAGGGUAUAGGUGAAAAUUGGGUUAUUUUGUGUGUUCUGUUAUUAUUCUCCUUAAUUAGUGUGGAAUUGAUUUUUCUAUUAAUUUAGUGUUGUCACAUAAGUAUUGCAUUUGUGCCAAACAUGAUGGGUCAACAUUUUGAUUUGAUGAAUUUAAGGGUAAAUUAACUCCCUCUGUAUCAGUUUUUUUCUCCUUAAUUAUGAGCCGUGUGGAAUUGAUUCUUUGAA